GUUUCAUAUCCACACUACAAUGAGAGCAAUAGGGGAACAGAACGUGAGUGAGGGAGAUAGAGAGAAAGGAGUAGGAUAGAAAGAAAGAAAUAAACAGAAAGGAAAGGAAACAAAAGAAAAAAAGACACUGGGAGAAAGAAAAGGAUAUGUGAGAAUGAAAAUAGAGAGGGAAGAAGAGGAAAGAAAAGGGGUAGAAGAAAGAGAAGGGAAGGCAUGAUUACAAAGAUUAGUUUCGGAGAAUUAGAUUUGGGAUUCAAAGGAACAUGUAUCUAUACAAUAGCUUGAAAUCCAGUCUUGCAGGUUAUUAAACACAAGAACUAUGAAGAUUAGUGAUCGAAAGCAAUUAGAGUUAGUUGGAGUUUUGUAUUUGUAAGAUCAUUAUUCCGGAAGACUGAUUGAAUUAUUCGCUUCUCCAACGCUCCCAAGCACUCUAAAAGCUUUCAAAGAAUACCCCAAACACAAAUUAUUAUUGGCAAAUUUAUUUUCACAAAGGAGAGUCUCAAAAGAAUUUAAAAUUUCUCCCUUUCAAAAAAAAAAAAAAAAAGAAAGAAAAGAAAAAAAAAAAAGAGAGACAAAAAGCUGACCUUGAGAGGUGGUUUUUUAAUCUCUAAAGUCUAAAGUUUCAAUCUUUAACUCCUUUUGAAGGUAAAGAAACUAACAAAGAGCAUCAAACAAACACAUUCCCACCCAAGUCCUCCUCCUCCUCCAGAAACCCAACAGACUCCACUGUACUACACCCUUGAGCGAUCACCAUGGCCCUUUCAACGAGGCAGAGACGUCCUCAACCGUCCGAUCCUUCAUCUUCAUCGUCGCCGUCGCCGUCGCCGUCUGUAUCCUACACCAAAGUCGACAAGCAAGGCAAAUCAGGGGUUGAGAAGGGCUUCAGUUGGUUCGUUCCGCUCUUAGCUUUGGGUAUGCUAAGAUACAUGAGCGCCACAUCCAACAUCAUUCACGACUGCGAUGAGGUCUUUAACUAUUGGGAGCCUCUGCAUUACCUUCUCUACAAAUCUGGCUUCCAAACUUGGGAAUACAGUUCUCAGUUUGCACUCAGGUCGUAUUUGUACAUUCUUUUCCAUGAGUUGGUGGGUCGACCGGCUUCCUUGUUGUUUGGAGAGGAAAAAGUGAGGGUAUUUUAUGCUGUCAGGAUCUUUCUUGGUCUCAUUUCUGUUAUUACUGAAACCAUUCUGGUUUAUGCUCUGUCAAGAAAGUAUGGCAAACGUCUUGCCUCGUAUACACUUGCCAUGCUAUGCUUAACCAGCGGUUGUUUCUUUGCUAGUACAAGUUUCUUGCCAAGUUCGUUCUCUAUGUAUGCCGUCUCUCUUUCAUCAGGGUUGUUUCUUCUAGACAAACCUGCCAUGGCAGUUUCAGUUGCAGCUGCUGGUGUAAUCCUUGGCUGGCCUUUCUCAAUCUUGGUUUUUCUGCCCCUCACAUUCUAUUCUCUAGCUAGAAAAUUCAAACAAGCAUUUAUUGCUGGGGCUGCCACCUCUAUUGUUGUUCUUGCACUGUCGGUUCUCGUUGACUACAGCUACUACAGCAGAUGGACAUCAUCUGUGUUAAACUUAUUGAUCUACAAUGUUGCAGGAGGUGGUGAGAGCCAUUUGUAUGGAACCGAAGGACCGCUCUUUUAUCUACGGAAUGGGUUUAACAAUUUUAACUUCUGUUUUGUACUUGCAUUGCUGUUUCUGGUAAUGCUGCCAAUCGCAAAGAAAAAGUAUGCCCCUGACCUGCUGAUUGUGGUCUCGCCUGUAUAUAUUUGGUUGGUGUUUAUGUCUCUGCAGCCACAUAAAGAAGAAAGGUUUCUUUAUCCGAUAUAUCCACUAAUUUGUGUCGCUGCUUCAGCUGUUAUUGAGAGCUUUCCUGAUGUUUUUCGAUCCAAGUAUAAUCCCCAUGACAAUUCUAUAUUGGUUGUGGCUGCAAAGAUUCUUAGGCCAGUGGUUCUUAGUCUUAUUCUGUGUGCUUCGCAUGCUCGAACGUUUUCACUGAUUAAUGGAUAUUCUGCUCCAAUAGAGAUUUACAAGCUUUUGGAGCAUCAUGAAGAUGCAGGACCAGGUUCUGUACUUUGUGUUGGAAGUGAAUGGCACCGUUUCCCAUCAUCCUUCUUUGUUCCUGAUUAUGUGGGAGAGGUCCGUUGGAUAGAUGAUGGGUUCCGAGGACUCCUUCCAUUCCCAUUCAAUUCUACGUUGGGUGGAACAGCAGCAGCCCCACCAUAUCUUAACAAUAAGAACAAAGCGUCUGACAAGCAAUAUCUCCGGGAUCUUGAACAUUGUACAUUCCUUGUUGAGCUCGAGCUUAGUCGACCCUUCCCUUCUCGUGGGAGUGACUCUUCAACUUGGGAGGUGAUUGCAGCAUUGCCUUACCUGGACCGGGAGCUAUCGCCUGCCAAGUACCGCUCAUUUUUCAUCCCAUAUGUGUGGAUGCACAAGAAUAUAUUUGGCAUGUACAAGCUUCUUAGAAGAAUACCGAAAUGAAGGGGGAUGUAUUAGUAGGUUAAACGUUCUGACAGAAUUAGAUUCUGAACCAGCAUGAGUUUUUACAUUUUACUGAGACGUUAACGUAACCCUCUUUCGAAAAGGAACACUCACUUUGUGAUGUUUAAUGAUAUAGUUUUAACUUUUCUUUUAGGUAGGACUUCCCAGUCUGUACGCAUGUAGUUACUUCGUCGGUUUCUUUCAUGUAUUAUUGCUACUAAAAUCGCCAACAAAUUCAAUAGAGAACAAAACCAAUCAUCCAAGAA